AUGUCUUUCUUUUCAUCGAAUCGCCUUGUAAUAGCCGCGCUACUAGUAGGAAUCGGCGCGGCAUGUUACACCAUUCCCGCGCUUCUCCAACAAGUUAAGGAUGCAGCCCGAGCGCCGCCACCGGAACCUCCUCGACCGACUAAGCGUCUACAAAAGGAUUCAGAGAAUUCCCUCAAGAUCGAGACCCUCCGCACAUUGGCAGACGGCUAUAGCUACGAACUCCGCACUUCGACCAUCAAGAUUGUCGCUAGCCGAACUGUCAGAUGCCGUGCGAAAUAUCUCUUAUUCCGGGAUCUGGCCAGCAGGGAUUAUGAGCGCCGUGACAAGGCCAUAUACGGCUUGUGGAUGCUUUUAUACCACCCUGCACUCCAGGACACAAUGGUGUCAAACGAAUUACAUGAACCUAGAGCUUGCAAAGCUGUUGUUAAAGCUCUCAUCAAUGUUUUGCCCUUUCACAACAUUAAUCCGGAGGAGAGGAACGCAGACAGGCAGGAGUUGCCGCCUUCCCCCAUUCGACCAGCCCACCGACCAGCGCAUGAGGUCUCUCUUCUCAACGUGCUUAAUAACAUGUUUCACUUUGUUAGUCGACGAAGGUCGCGGCAAUCUGUGUCCUCCACAAUGGACGCUGCUCUGGCCGCCGGAUUGGUCACCCGUUGGCUGGCGAACUAUCCUUUCCCCUGCGCCCUGCCAGAGAAUCAACGCUUCAAUUUCAAGAAAUGCGACGUUGUGAGGCUCUUCGACCGCAACGCCUGGCAAUCAGACGAUCCCCUCAUGGCCACCAUUAUCCUCGAGAUCAUGCAGUAUCCUUUGGGUCGGAAGCAACUGCGCGAAGUCGGUCUCAAUGCGAGCAGUUACAAGGAAAAUGUAGGUCGAGAUAACUGGAACUCCGGUUGGGCCGCCUCAGGCCGGGCUGAUGAAGAUAACGACGCCUGGAUGACUGGGGGCGAAGAGACCGCCGGAGUUGCUAGAGACGACAUUACCAUUUGGGAGGAAACGUCACGGCCCAUAUCCAGUGCCCGACCACGCUCCACGGAGCGAAGUCAGGAAGAGGAGCAUCUGCGGCGUCGCCAUCGCGAGGCAAUCGUUGUUGCCGAACGCGGUGCACCUCUCCGCCGAGAAAACAUCCUGCAGCGCGAGAACAGCCAGAUUCUUCAGCCCAUGAAUGGCGUUAGUGAAGUUGAGAGCGUGUUGAAUGGGCUCCUGGGCCUAUCGGAUACCCGGCAAGCAGAAUCACCUCAAUCUCCUCCUCAACCCCUCGAUGCUAUAUCGGAGCACGACGGGCGCGCCGCUGCAGAGAUCGAUCGCACCUUGGAUGUCCAGGAGAUCGAGCAUAUGAUCCAGGAGUCGUUGAGCAAUCCGGACGUGAGGCGGGCUAUUCAGACUCUGGGGUUGUCCUCUAGACCUGUCAGGCUGGUUCUUACAGAUUCCUCAGGGAAUAGUUCUUCGCCUGCAGGUGAUGGUAAUUCUAAUGAUACGAAUCACGGCGAGCCCUAA